AUGUCUCAGGUCAGCCUGCUGAUCGCCUUCAUCUGCGUGAGGAGCUCUCCGUGGAUCAGCCAGAGCGCCUACAGAUACUUCGAAGUGGUCACCAUCUGCAACUUGAUCAUGAUCCUCGCCUUCUACCUGGUCCACCUCUUCCGCCUCUACCGCGUGCUCACCUGCAUCAGCUGGCCCCUGUCGGAACUUCUGCACUAUUUAAUCGGCACCCUGCUCCUCCUCAUCGCCUCCAUCGUGGCCGCCUCCAAGAGUUACAGCCAGAGCGAGCUGGUAGCCGCCUCGAUCUUCGGCUUCGUGGCCACCUUCCUCUGCCUGGCGAGCGUGUGGCUGUCCUACAAGAUCUCUUGUGUGACCCAGUCCACAGAUGCAGCCGUCUGAGGACACCGCGGCCUCCGGGCAGCAGGAGGCCCUGCAGGGCGUGUGGCCCCGAAGGCAGGAGGACCCGCGGGCCGGUGACCUCAGGAGAGACUUCCGAACCUGUGUUCCUGUGCCAAAGCCCUGCCCGGGCACGGAGGGCCUUCUACUCCCUCCUGGGCUCCCGAGCUGCUCCGGACCCCUCUCUCCGGCCUAUUCUCCUCGGAGAACAUUCUCCUCGUCCGGGAAAGAAAAGCAGCUCCAGGGAAAUCUGGUCUCUGCCUCCUGCUUUUCAAACGGCCUCCGGGACUGGUGCCCACACCUAACA